GGACCACACACACACAGAGAGAGAGCGAGAGAGAAAGAGAACAAGACCCUUUUUUUUUUUUUCUCUUUUCCUUUUUUUCUUUCUCACACAGCACAUACACACUUUUUCUCUUUUUCCACCCAACAAACACCAACAACAGCAGCUUACCAGCUUACAACGUAAUACGCAAGCAGCAACAGCAAUACCAAUAGAAAGAUGGGUGCAAGGUCAUCCAAACAAUCACAGCGUGACCCCAGCGUGGAGAGCAACAGCCCGUCAUCCAACCAAUCAGUAUCCUCACCUACAAUAGUGAUCGACGGACGGAUAUACCAUAACAUUGAAUCGAGUUCAUACUGUUUACCACGCGAUGAAGAAGAGCAAGAUCGACUAAACUCAGUACGUUUUAUCACUCACUCACUCACUCGCACCAUCCAUCAGUAAUACAUCAUCUACACUAUGAAAGAAAGUGACGAACCCCAACAUUAAUCAUUCGAUAUCACCAUGGCAACUACCUUUGUUGUUAUGUAUUUUACCUUCACUAUAGGAACACUUUGCCAUCAAGGCACUCUUUUCAAGGUGUGUCUCCAUUCGCAGAUCCUUGCAUCCAAUCAAUGUGCUGAGAUGAAGAGAGAAAAAAAAAAUAAAAAGACUGACCCUAUAUUAUGUAGUAAUAUUUUACCAUACGUGCAAGAAAAUCUCCCAGACGAUGCCAACAUUCUCGACAUUGGCUGUGGAUCUGGCUCUUGGGUCAUGGAAAUGGCCAUCGAACAUCCCA